AUGAACUCUCAAGUCUCCGACGUUUCUGAUUGCACCAAUGCGACAAUGCAGCCAACCCCACCGAACUACACAAUCGAAAGCAAAAACCACAUGCACAACGACACCAUCGCCACCGUUGGGUGGAGCCAGGUACUCAGCUCGCGCCUUUGCGUGCGCGCCCGCAGCCCAGCCACCCAAUGGGCCCUGCACCCCCCGCUGUGGUGCAAGGUGCAAUUAGACUUCUCUGGUGGGAUAGACUUUGCCGAUGGACCCAAGGGGAAGAACGAGGCCGGGCACGUGGGAACGGAGAGGGGGAGAUGA